UGAGGAACAUACUGUGACAAGUGCUGUGGUUCAUAUUAUUCAGCCAAAAAAAAUAAUUUCAGAGAUACCACUUCACUUCUGAGUAUUAAAAAGUAAUAGUGGCUGCUCGUUAGACAGCAAAAACAAAAACAACUGCUUAAACUUCUGCCUGAAACUAGACUGCAACUGUGAUCUACAGCUGAGAUGACCCCACAAAGGACACAGCCACAGUGGAGGGCUGGUAUGGUCCUGUGCUGGUUUCUGCUCGGGAUCUCUCUAAAACCUGACUCCAUCAACUGUGCGUCAGCCGUCAACCUGCGACGUUUUAUUGGCUGUGCAGUCAGGGAGUUCACCUUCCUGGCCAGGAAGCCCGGCUGUGGAGGGCUGCACAUCACCACUGAUGCCUGCUGGGGGCGCUGUGAGACUUGGGAGAAGCCGGUCCUGGAGCCUCCCUUCAUUGAGUCCUAUCAGCGGGUUUGUACUUACAAUGAGACCCGCAUGGUUACUGUGAAACUACCAAACUGCCAGCCCAACGUGGAUCCAACAUACAGCUAUCCUGUGGCCUUGAGAUGUGACUGUGGAGUCUGUCUGACGAGCACUACUGAAUGCAUAACCUCUGUGUGAAGUCUGAAAAGGCAGAAAUUGUUUUUUUCCACACACGUUUGUUAAUAAUUACACACAAUACUUAUUCAGCUGGAAUGUGUCCCUACACCAAGAAAUGCUCUAAUAUAAGUUAUCAGCAUUUCUACUGAUUUGAUUUGAAGCUAUGUUCCUGCACAGACUACAGACUUGAUCUGAAUCCGUCUGUAUUACAGACACAACUGCAUUCAUUUUGCUGACUUAU